CUCAUUUCUCACUCUGUGUGGGAGCCUAAACAAUGGGGAGACGAAACCAGAGAUGCUUGCUCUCUUCCUCUCUUCUUCUUCGUAUCCAACUCUCUCUUUCCUCUCCAGAUCAGUAACUCUAAACUUAGCCAGAACAACAACACUCUCAGCUCUCACAAUGUCGAUGAACCUAAAGACUCAUGCCUUCGCAGGCAAUCCCUUGAAGUCGAAAACUCCGAAAUCUACCGAUCCAUUCUCACCCACCUCCGCUUUCGAAUCUCUGAAAACCCUAAUUCCAGUAAUCCCUAAUCACUCAACACCUUCCCCUGAUUUUAAAGUCCUUCCCUUUAGCAAGGGUCGUCCACUGGUGUUCUCAAGCGGUGGAGAUGCUAAUACGACGCCGAUUUGGCAUCUGGGUUGGGUCAGCUUGGCUGAUUGUAAGGUUUUGUUAGCAAGUUGUGGGGUUGAUCUGAAUGAGGACUCACUCGUGUAUUUAGGACCCAAGUUGGAAGAAGAUUUGGUGUAUUGGGCUGUUGAUUUGGCAGAGGAUGGUUUCGUUUCUGAAUUGGGAGGUAGGAAGUUGUGUUUUGUUGAGCUUCGAACCCUAAUGGUAGCUGCUGAUUGGGCGGAUCAACGUGCUAUGGAUGAGUUGGCUAUUGCCGGCAAUGCCAGGGCGUUACUUGAAUGGCACAACGUGUCACAAUUUUGUGGAUCAUGUGGAAGUAAAACUUUUCCAAAGGAAGCAGGAAGGAGAAAACAAUGCUCAGACGAAACAUGCAGAAAGAGGGUCUAUCCCCGUGUUGAUCCGGUGGUUAUAAUGUUAGUUAUUGAUCGAGAAAAUGAUCGCGCACUUUUAAGCAGGCAAUCUAGAUAUGUACCGAGAAUGUGGAGUUGUUUAGCUGGAUUUAUUGAGCCAGGGGAAAGCUUAGAAGAGGCUGUGAGGCGGGAAACAUGGGAAGAGACAGGCAUUGAAGUAGGAGAUGUUGUAUACCACAGCUCUCAGCCUUGGCCUGUGGGACCAAGUAGCAUGCCAUGCCAAUUGAUGCUCGGUUUCUUUGCUUUCGCCAAGACGCUCGACAUAAACGUAGACAAAGAAGAGUUAGAAGAUGCUCAAUGGCACAGUAGAGAAGAGGUGAAGAAAGCAUUGGCGGUUGCAGAAUACAGGAAGGCUCAAAGAACAGCAGCUGCAAAGGUAGAGCAGAUCUGUAAAGGUGUGGAGAGAAGCCAGAGUCUAUCAACUGAUUUCAAUCUUGAAAGCGGUGAGCUUGCUCCUAUGUUUAUCCCGGGGCCAUUUGCCAUCGCGCACCACCUGAUCUCAGCAUGGGUAAAUCAGGCUCCUGACGAUGUUCACUCAAAACAACAAGCGGGUGUCUCUCUCUCAAGUUUGUAGCUAGAAAGAUGAACUUAGAUGCUUAGAAACCAAACGUUUGCUAUGGCUUCUAUGCUUAUUUUGAAUUGCUGAGUCCUAAGUGUGUGGACUUCGCUCGAAGUUAUUUCUUUGCAACGACGAUUUAGAUCAAUAAAAAUUAAUCAAAGAUUGACCUCAAUAAAUUUGAGUUUUAUAGUUCGUUUUUCUUUAGUGG